GUUCUCUAUGGGAUGUGUGGCUACGAUAGUUUGUCUCUGUGGCUCCGCGAGCGGAGUCUGUCUGAAUAAAGACGCCAAUAAUGCGAAGUGACUAGAUGGGAGCCAAGACGUAAAACUAGGGAAGAAGAGAUAAAGUGGCUUCAUGAAUAGGAAUGCCUGCCAGAUACCAGAAUUGGAGGUGAUGGAUGAAGAUCGGCAUAUUGAAGAAGUCUUGGAUAAGUUUGUUAAUUGUCACGAGCAAACAUAUGAAGAAUUUCUGAGCACUUUCACUCAUCUUUCAAAAGAUAAUGUGACCAAAAGAGGAGCCUUUGGAACCAAUUCUUCAGAAAACAAUUUUACUUCAGUAAAAUUUACUCAGAGAAAUGAACCAAAUGAUCACCAUCUUAGCAAUAAAGCCAUCUUUCUUCGUACUUCGUCACAGUGUUCAGAAGAGGAACAGAUAGUGAUGGAUGAAGGCCAAAAAGUUGGCAGUUCCUUUCAAGGUGAUCUGAAUCGGGCAGGAAAGGUGAAGGUAGACAACUUCCUUGAUUUAGAAGAUUUGGACUUGGAUGAAGAGAUUAAGCCCCAAAUGAGUAAGGAUUUGCUGCUGCUUCCAGGAGAGGUGGAGCAGGACAUGAGCAUGAGUGUUCCUUCUUACAUUCCUUCCGUGGCCCAGCCUCUUACCUCUGGAGUGAAGCCAAGGCCCACUGGAAAAAGAGCAGACAAACAAAGGGAAGAGAUAGUCGGAGAUGAAGUUCGGCCCUUCUCACUUGAUGAAGAAUUUGAUUAUGACGCUGUGAUGCUGACCCCCAAGUUCACUCCUGCAGAGAUAGAUGCCAUCAAAGAGCUAUGCAAGCAAAAGAGCAAGAGCACAGACUUAGAGAAACCCCGUGACUGAUCCAUUAAGACAUCUUCGUGUUUAUUUUUAUUUUGUUCUUAUUCGAGCAACAUUAGAAUAAAAUAUAUACCUACUAUAAUCCUUUUU